CUAGCCACUAUCCAUCUCUGCUAAUCAGUAAACUGAGUUUGUGGAAUGUAGUUUGUUAUACACAAGCUUUUUUUCCUUUUUAUUAACGUUCACAUUUGUUUUUCCUGUUUUCGUAUAGACGUGGACUUAUUAUGGGUCUUUGGAAUUCUCAUACAAGCUUAGGAAAUAUCAUAGGCUCCGUCAUUGCUGGAAUCUAUGUUGAAACAAACUGGGGAGCUUCUUUUUAUCUGCCCGGUCUUAUCAUGAUGGUUGGGGCAUUGGUUGUCUACUUGACAGUUAUAGAGCAUCCUAACAUGUUGGUUUAUAACUCGCCUAGUUCAGACAAAACAGGUACUCAAAUUCCAAUGUCAGGAAGUAUAUAUGGGGUAAUUACCUAUUCGUUCAGUUUUUUUCCAGCUGAUUUUAAUGUAACCCCCGAAAGUUGAUUUGUUUUAGAAAUAAACACUGGCAUCAGUAGAAAUAAAAUUUUAUAUUGACAAAAGCUUUAAUUGUAUGUAUUUAUUAACAAGUUGUCCCCAUAAUGCAUCACUCAUUAUUACAUUGACUUCGUGGAGUUGGUUUUCAUGUUGACUUCCGAAUGCGGUUAUGAAUGUCCGUUGUUUCUUAUCUUUUUCAAUCGCGCGGUUCGAAUGCAACCGAAAGCUUUUGCUAAACGUAAUUUGAUAAAUAAUCGUUAUAGAAACAAAUUCUAAACCACUUUAUAUGAGUUAAUUAUAUAUCACAGCUUAAAUGAGUCGUAUACACAAUUGCCAACUCAUCAUAAAGCUGACUAUUCAAAGACCCACUUAAGUCAUAUAUACCAACUGUUUAUCACAGUUCACCGAUUUUAUUGAUAAUACCAGUACGAUAUCUGUUAGUUACUUGUCAUCAGUCAGUAGUGUUAAUUACUGUCUGUUUUUUUAAGGAUAUAAGUAAUAUAGGCUAGUCAGUACAGGCUUCACUCUCCACUUUAAAAGCUUCUGUUAUUUGUGUAUCAAUUAAUAUGAUCAUCCUUCAAGGUAGAAAUUCUUUAAUGUGGUGGUUUGGAGUUCACAAAAAAAUACGUAAUUUCAAAAUGCUUAGUGAGUAGUAACACUUUAUGUUACAUGUAAACAAAAACCCAUUCCUCCUCUGUGGGUUAUUUUCCAUGUGCUGUACUCAUUGGCACUCUUCCACUUAAAGCAUCGAUUACUUUUGCCAUUUUCCAUACCGAUUACAAGUCUAAAUUAACUCUGAGUUCAUAAGAUUGGAUUGAUUUAUGUUUUCUUUUAUAACUCCGUUUACUCCAGCUUCCUCGUGUUGGCUUAUAUGUUAUCAUAACGAAGAAUAUUCAUCCAUUUUUUUCAUAACUUCUAGCUGAAUAGAGCUAGUGGAAGUAACUGUGAUAUAAUUAACGUUCAUCUAUGGGCAACCCAUUUACCUAGAGCAGAUUUAUUCCCUCGAUUUCGAACUGCACAGCUUGUAUAGUGGUUAGUAUUACCACCCAGAUUCCUACAAUUCCAACCAAGUUUUAUGAAUGGUAUUACUGUUGCUUAAUCUAUGGAUUCUAAAAAAUUGCUUAAAAGGCAUUGCAACAUCAAGUUUAUUAGUCGAUAAAAUAAAAAAAAACAAUUGUAGGUAGUAUUUCUACUAAUUUCACAUAAUACAGACAAUUGCAUUAUCCUGUUAAUAUAAAAUAAAAGGAAAACAUCGACCGCGAUAUGUCGGAUAAGGAUGGUUUAAGGCCUUUAAUAUCGAAUACUGAGGCGACUCGACCAAUUAGUUUCAUUGAAGCUAUUCUAUUGCCAAGUGUGUUUACCUACUCACUCUUAUUAUUCUUUACGAAACUUGUCUCAUAUACAUUUCUUUAUUGGUUACCAAACUACUUAACGAUUGUUGAACAUGUAUCAGCUGAACAGGCUGCUAAACUUUCUGUGUUAUUCGAUGUUGGUGGCAUAAUCGGUGGUGUAUUGAUAGGAUGGUUUAGUGAUAGUCAGUCAAAUGGACAAAACCUCAACGAAGAUGAAAAAACAAUUAAAAAACGUGCACUUGCCUGUCUUGUUAUGCUAGCUUGUGCGGCACCUUUGCUGUUAGCUUAUCGUUUUAUGACUUCUACGAACUCGCUGAUGUCAUUAAUUUUACUUACAUGUUGCGGUUCUGCAAUCAACGGACCUUAUGCCUUAGUUACAACUGCUGUAUCUGCCGACCUGGGUACUCAGUCGGCCUUGCUAGGGCGAACUCGUGCUUUGGCUACAAUUACAUCUAUUAUUGAUGGAAUGGGAUCAUUGGGUGCUGCAUUAGGUCCACUUCUGACUGGUUUACUAGUUCCAUAUGGUUGGUCUGUUGUAUUUGCUAUGCUUAUCACAUCCGAUCUACUGGCCAUGUUAAUGUCAAUAUGGAUUGUCGUUAAUUCAAGUCGUCGUCAACAACGUCGAACAUAUUAUCGACUUCAAUCAACAAUUACUACUUAAUUAAAAUUUGUUUUUACAAAAAGAAAUAACACAAAUCAUAUCAGUUUUGAAAUAGCUGUGAAUAUAUUUUGUCUAUUUCUUUCAGUAUGUCAUAUUGCAUGAUAUAUUAUUGCUUCAACUUUACGUAUAUAGAUAAAUAUAUUCUUAUAUGAUAGUUCUUUGACAGUCUGUUAGGUCUUUCUUAGGAUUUUCUUUUCGUUACUGAAAUGAAUGUAACCAACAUAUCACUAUCGACAUUAUUUUUUCUCACCACUAUUAUUGUCUUUUUUACGAAUUCAGGGCUUUUUCAGGAUUCUAUGUAUAUUCUAGACUAUUCUGCCUUGUUUUUCUGUGUUUCUCUCGCUUGUUAAUUCUAGAUAAUGCAUGCAUAUAUUUACUUAUUGAUGUCUGACAUACUUAUGGUGUUUGUUUAUCAUACUCCUUUUGAAAGCGUUAUUAUCUUUAUGAGAGAAAAAGAGUGAACAAACUACGAUAAAUAUUGCUUACGUAAACUGCUUUGACUUUUAUCAUAACAGUUUGAAAGUAUUUGGGAUGUAGGCAUAUCUAGUUGGUGAGUCUUUAGUGGGACGAAAUGUUCACUGUGGGUUUU